AAAAAAAAAGCUCCACCAGUGGACGGUUUCAAGUUCCCCCCGGCUGAAACCCUGCCUGAUUUGUGGGCAAUGUUGGGGAUGUAGAAAAAAAGGAAACCGGAGCAAAGAGAGCGCAAGGGAGAGAUAGGAAGACAACACUAACUGGGUAGCUAUGGAGAUAGUAGGUUUUCCUGGUAGCUUUCUUUGACAGGUGCCGAGUGGGAUAAAAUAAAGUAUCAGAACAGCCUCCAAGAUGUACGGCAAGGGUAAAGGAGCUGUUGUCCCCUCCGAUAGUCAAGCAAGAGAAAAGUUAGCAUUAUAUGUGUACGAGUACCUGCUACAUGUGGGAGCACAGAAGUCCGCACAGACCUUCCUGUCUGAGAUUCGAUGGGAGAAGAAUAUUACAUUAGGGGAGCCUCCUGGAUUCCUCCAUUCGUGGUGGUGUGUAUUCUGGGACUUGUAUUGUGCGGCUCCAGACCGAAGGGAGACAUGUGAGCACUCCAGUGAGGCGAAGGCCUUCCAUGACUAUAGCGCAGCGGCAGCGCCCAGCCCUGUGAUGGGCAACAUGCCCCCCAACGACGCCAUGCCCGGCGGUCCCAUGCCCCCUGGCUUCUUCCAGGGACCACCCGGCUCCCAGCAAUCCCCCCAUGCACAGCCCCCCCCACACAACCCCAGCAACCCAAUGAUGGGACCCCAUGGCCAGCCUUUCAUGUCACCACGGUAUCCAGGUGGACCGCGCCCCGGACUCCGAAUGCCAAAUCAGCCUCCGGGGGGAAUCCCUGGAUCUCAGCCUCUCCUGCCAAACAGUUUGGAAACGAUCAGACCGCAAGGACAUCCUAACAUGGGUGGACCAAUGAGGAUGAACCCUCCCCGAGGAAUGGCUAUGGGCCCACAGAAUUAUGGAGGUAUGAGGCCACCUCCAAACUCCAUGGGCGGCCCCAUGCCAGGAAUGAACAUGGGUCCCGGAGGAAGAGGGCCGUGGCCUGGACCGAAUGCUAACUCUAUAGCAUACUCCUCCUCAUCUCCAGGAAACUAUGUGGGUCCUCCAGGGGGAGGCGGUCCACCAGGAACUCCCAUCAUGCCCAGCCCAGGUGAUUCAACUAACUCCAGUGAAAACAUCUAUACAAUGAUGAAUCCAAUCGGACCGGGAGGCAACAGACCCAAUUUCCCUAUGGGGCCGGGGCCUGACGGGCCGAUGGGAGCUAUGGGAGCCAUGGAGCCUCACCACAUGAACGGAUCACUUGGGUCUGGGGAUAUGGACGGGUUGCCAAAGAGCUCCCCUAAUAACAUGGGGGGCAUGAACAACCCUCCAGGAACGCCGAGAGAUGACGGUGAAAUGGGCGGGAAUUUCUUGAACCCAUUCCAAAGCGAAAGUUAUUCACCCAACAUGACGAUGAGUGUGUGAUUUUAUUUUAUUUUCCUUUUUUUGUAUUUUUCUUUAUUUUCCCCCUCCUAUUUUUGUACCCCUGCACCUGAUUUUUUUUCCUUCUUUUUCUUCAAUUCAAACCUUACUUCACCUCGGAUUGGACGACCUCCCCCUCUUCACACACACACACACCCUCUUCCUGACCAACCAUACGGGAUCCAUUUCCCCCUCCUCACUCGGGAACUGUACGGCCACACAGCCUUCUGGGACAGCCCUUGAGCAUGCUGGGACUCUAAUUAAGACUGGCCCUCCUGGAGCAUGCAAGAUGGCCGCCGGUCUGAACAGGAAGCAGUCACAGAGCAACAGGAAGAGCCUCCUCUCUGACUCCCGCCCCGGCCUCCCUGGCUUCCUGUCAGGUUCUAGACAAUGAGCGAAGGGUAGGAGGACAAACAGAGAGACAGAGGGAGAGGAGACUGUCUCCCCCUCUCAGGAGGACGCAGCGUUUUAGCAGCCGCUUCUCAACCACUUCGGACUUUUAUCUUCAAUUAUUUUGUCGCUGUUCCUCCCGAUGGAUUCAGUUGAGGGUCCGAAACGACCUCUUUGCCCGCCCCCAUUGUUCUCUCGGUGUGUACAUUUUUACCAGAGGUGUUGUGAUUUUUCUUUUUUUCUCCCCCCGUUUUUGUGUACGUAUUGUAUCAUUGCUAUUUUUAUUAUUGUAUUAUUGUUAUUAAUGAUAUUGAUAUGAUCAUUUUUAAGAUUAGGUUCUAAUUUCUGUUGUUUCUAAGUGCACAUUAUUUUAUUGAAGACACAUGUGCGCUCAAAUUAGAAAUGAUUUGCCGGGUAACAUGUGAGCACACUCCCCCCUGCAGGUGAGAUUUUAUCCAUCAAGGUACUGAUUGGCUCGUUUUAAAAAAAAGUUUUAGCAACAAUCUGAUUUUAAACUCCUUUUUCAAUAAUCCAAACCAGAAGAAGAAGUGGCUCCUGUUUUGUUUUUUAUUUUUAUCUUCCAUGCAGUGAGAUGCACAGCUCUAUUUAUUUAUGUACUUUACAUUUGUCUCAUGAAUCAUUGUUACUUUUUUAAAAGUGUUAUCCCUGGUUUAUUUGUUAAUUGCAGAACUAGUAGCAACUGUGUAAAUAUGCAGAUCCAGUCAGCAGCCCCUCCAUCAUUAGACCCCCGUACCCAGGUGCUGAAGGUUACUGUUCACUCCAACAUGUGCGUAGGCUGCGGUAUCACCUCUGCUGAACUGUAGUUGGAUUGUUUUUUGUUUUGCUGAUGAGCUCCCAACACACUGUGAUGUAUGUCUGUGCUUUUUGGAUAUUUGCUUUUACACGCUCUCAGUUCGCUUGCAGACAUGUGUUGUCACCCGUGCAGCGCUCCCUCUGAAAGGGCUCUCAGCUGAUCGAAUCCUGGGCGUUUUUUUUAAUGUCGGAGCAAAGCAGGAAGCGUAAAGGCGUUGCUCUGCUGACUGACGAGUGGCCUCCCUCCCUUGGGUCAUCUUGAAGAAAAACACCUCCGUCCUUCCUCACCUUUCCUACGGGCCAGCAAACACACCACCCCUCUCUGAUUAUCUUUUUUUUUUGUACAACUUUCCAUCUUUUAAUUUUUUUGUAAAUACUGUAAAAUGCAUUUUGAUAUCAUUGACAUGUUUUGAUAUUUUCAAAUCACGACAACAGUUGAUCAGAAACGUGCUGAUUCGGGGCAACUGUGUGUGUGUGUUUGUUCAGAGAUAUGGUGUGUCUUUGACGAUAAGAAACAAACUGGAGCUGCUAUAGACUAUUAUGCUAUUUCACCUCAUCACUGACAGACGUGGCGCUUCACUGUGCAUCAGAGCUGUAGCGUCAAGGGGUCUCAGAGGACGACCAUUUUGUAGUGAGUGUGUUUGAACGCCUUUUAGCUGACUCAGUCACACACAUUAUCUUAACAAAUCUUUAAAUUAAACGUGAUUCUUGAGCAGGAGCCUCCCUCCUCUGCUGUACAGUUGGCAAAACAGUCGUAUUUUUCACUGUUUGACAGAAUUUGCAAGAAUAGAGCCAAAACAGGCCAGUUUUUCAUAAUAAAAUGAAUGCCUCAGACAUUUAACUACCCACAAUUAAAAUAAGCCACACAGGACGCUGGCUCUCAGCCCGACACACCAGGUACCAGAGUACAGACUUUACUAUGAAGGAUUUUUUUUUAAUCUAUUUAAAAUGGGGCGGGAGAAAUGUUUUGGGAAAGUAAAGAGAAAAAAAAAAUAACAGACAGAUUUGUUCUUAUUGCUGAGAAGAGGUAGAGAAAGUGCGGGAGCAGGCGUUUCGUCCCCUGUACUUUGAAAUACUGUUGUAUAAAAUGCAGUUGAACUUCUCUCUAUCUUUCUGUCCUGUAAGUAAAACCGUCACAACGUUGAUCAUUUCUGUAUUUCUAUUGUGCUGAUGUAUAAUACUGUAACAUUCAGGGGUAGGGAGGGUUAAGAGAGGAUUUGGAGGGGAGUAAAGAUUUUUCUGUUCAGUUCCUCAUUUAUUUCCUCUUAAUGACAAAGCAGUAUUGAAUAUAAGGCAGUCUGUCCCCGGGGAGUUGCUUUGUAUCUCAUGUUAGGGUAGUUUCAGAUCCUAAAUGUCUCGUGUAGUAAAAUGAGAGGUUCCUUCUUCGUACGUUUCUUUAUAUUGUAAAGUUUCUUUAGACAAAAAAAUGUUGCUUAUUGGAAAAAAGGUGGGAAAAUGCAUUGAAAAUAAAUGUAAUUCUUUUGGGGUUUUGUUUUAAUUUUCAUCAAGUUGUCAGUCGUUUUUGCCUGUGUCCCCCUUGUUGUAGAUACAUAUUAAAAACAAAUAAAAUGACUUCACUCCUUUUGCCAUGAA